AUGCCCCCAAAACAACCACCACAGCCAAAAAACCAGCAAAUCUUCGAUCCGUGGUCCUCCGCCUCAACAGGCCACCAACGCGCCGACGGUCCCACGCUCUCGUCCACCACCGCCUGGCGAGACUCGAGGACGGAGAAGUUACGAAGGCAGUUUGUUUUCGGGGAUUGUAAUGCGGACCACGAUGGACGGGAAAGGGGGGAGUGGGUGAUGAUGAAUAAGGAGGAGUGGAAGGGGAAGGCGAAGGAAGGGAGGGAUAUUAGGGAUUUCAUGGGUGGUGUGCAGAAGAGGAAGAGCGAUGGGUUAAGUGAGAUGGAGACGGGUGGGAAGGGGAAGAUUCUUCGAGGGGAUACAUCUAAUGCAGCUACGCUUAUGCCUGCGCCAGCGCCAACGCCAACGCCAACGCCUAUAGCUGCAUGUACUUCUACACACGAUGCGAACCGGCGUACAGCAGCUACAACUGCACAUACAGAAACAGAUGCAGUUACAAUUACGGCUACAGCUACACAUGCAAAUGCAGCCACACCCACACCCGCAGAUGCAGAUGCAUCCACCACCCCGACAUCCAGCAAAAAGAUACUCACCGGAACAACAAUCUACCUCAACGGCUCGACAAUGCCGCUCAUCUCAGAUUACAAACUCAAGCACCUCCUCGUAUCCCACGGUGCAAAGCUCUCACUCGUCUUCGCUCGGUCAGUGACGCAUGUUAUCAUUGGAAGACCAAAUACUGGUGCGAAUAGAGGAGCUGGUGGGGGAUUGGCGGCGGGGAAGUUGCAAAAGGAGAUUGAGAAGUGUGGGACGGGGGUUAAGGUUGUGGGAGUUGAGUGGGCAAUCGAAAGUAUCAAAGCAGAAAAACGACUAUCAGAAGCAAAGUUUGCGAUAAGAUUGGGCAAACAACCGUCUGUUCUCGGGAUGCUGAGAUGA